GACGCAUGUACACGUACAAGUGUUAGUUUCUCAGCUCAAACCAGUCUGCUUAUUAAUGAGUUACGAUUAACUUGCUGUAGGACAACACCUCUGAUUGAUAACUCAUUGGAGACAUUGGAUUAUAGUAAACAUCAUUAACAGGUGCUGAAUUCUCCUGACUGACUGCAGGCUGAAGAGGCUGUAUUUAUGGCUCAAUAUGACCAACUCGAGGACAAAGAUUCGCUGGAUAUUCAUGAUAACCCUCCAGCUCCAGACAAUGUCGUAAAGGAGGACGACAACACUGUUUAUUUCGUGUAUGAUGAAGAGAUGGAGGAAGAAGAGGCCCCUCCUCCUCCGACCCCUGAGCCUGUAGUUCAGGUCAAUGACAGACCACACAAAUUUAAGGACCACUACUGCAAGAAACCCAAGUUUUGUGACGUCUGUGCACGAAUGAUUGUUCUCAAUAAUAAAUUUGCCUUGCGCUGCAAAAACUGCAAGACCAACAUUCACCACUCGUGCCAAUCAUAUGUGCAGUUCCAGAGAUGCUUUGGCAAAAUACCUCCUGGAUUUAGACGGGCAUACAGCUCUCCUCUCUACGAUCAAGAGAUCAAUAACCCUGGUCAGCAGAACCGCACUGAUCCGGUGUUUGAAACACUGAGAGUGGGUGUGAUCAUGGCCAAUAAAGAGAGGAAGAAAGGCUCUGAGGACAAAAAGAAUAUGAUGAUGAUGAUGAUGGAGGAGGAGGAAGCUCAACAACCGAAGGAGGAUGAAGAGGGUGGUGAAGGAAAGCAAGAUGGAGACAAGAAAGACAAAACAGCAGCAGAUGACAAGAACAAGAAGCAGCAGCAGACGUUCAGUCAGUCUCACUGUUAUAUGGCUUUGUAUCGCUUUAAAGCCAUCGAGAAAGAUGACCUGGACUUCCAUCCAGGAGAUCGCAUCACAGUGCUGGAUGACUCCAAUGAGGAGUGGUGGAGGGGUAAGAUUGGGGAGAAGACAGGAUACUUGCCCAUGAAUUACAUCAUCAGGGUGCGAGCCGGUGAGAGGGUGUAUAAAGUGACACGCUCCUUUGUUGGAAACAGAGAGAUGGGCCAGAUUACACUGAAGAAAGAUCAGGUCAGUGUGUGUCUCUGUGACUGAAGAGAGAUGAGUGAAUGAUAUUGUCUCUUGUUCUCAAAGAGGAAAGCUGGUUUCUUUUGCUGCAGCAGGUUAAUUUCGCCAAUAUUUUUAUUGUAAAAAGUCUUUUAGCAAAUCAGUGCACACAGCUGUUUCCUGUUGACUUCUCAGUGCAAGCAGCUUCUCAAUUAUAUGAGGUAAAACAGAAACGGCCAAAGAAAAGAAAAAAAAUAUCGGUGAGAAGGUGAAAGAAGUUUGUUUUUUCUACCAUUUUCUGUACAAUACUUUAAUGGUAAAUACACAAAGAAAUGUCAAAACAACAUGUUAUUUGCAUGUGAUUCUGUUCAAAGUGUGGCAAAAAUAACAGGAAAUGCCUGGGAAGAAGGCUGAAACAUUCUUGGCUUAAAGGAUAUGAUAUCAUAAUGUAAUACACACCAACUAUACUGUAAGACAAUUAUCAUCUUCUCAGUGCAGAUAAGGGUG